UAUUAAUGGUGUAAUUCAGGAGUCACACCGUUUGACACAGGAAACGGGGAAGAAGCAGUCGGCCACGCCUUGCAUUUUGCUCUCUUCCAUGUUUUAGUACUCAACUUCACCUCAAGUAACGAUCAUUGCUUGAACUGUAUUGAAAGACUUUGAGCAAUUCGAAGUCAAUAGAAGAAGAUAAGGUAAAGAAAAAUGGUGGGAUUAUUGCCAAGGAGAAGAGAACUGUACCAUUAAGGUCUGAAAGUUCUUCCUCAAGCAGGGAAAAUAAGAACGAACCAAAAUAUGGCAGAUGCAGCCAUUGCAGCAGCAAUCUUUCUGAUCGAGAAGGUAUCAAGCUUCCUUGAUAAAGAAGUGAAAUUUAAAAAGAGCGUGCAGGAUGAUAUUCGUGACGUCCGAAACUGGCUGAGGACUAUACAGGCCUACUUGAAGGAUACGGAUGGUAAAGACGGCAGUGCAUUACAGAAAGAUCGAGCAAAGCAAUUACGAGACAUAGCCUAUGAUAUCGAGGAUGUUCUUGAUGAGUUCCGGCUUCAUGUGCCACAUCACUUCAGUAGGAAUAAACUCGAACAGAAGGCUCAUCAUUAUGCUCAUUUUCCUACUCGCCGCGUUGCUCUCCAUGAGUUGUCCUCAAAAAUUAAAGAUAUCAGGAGAAAGAGGGACAACCUUAAGGGCUUUGAUCCUCGCCUUUAUCCAGAUGAAGGCUCAAGCUCCAGUUCAAUGUUGGAGGAUCGUGCAACCUACCAGAUUCCAGAAGAAGAUGAAAUUGUAGGCUUUGAGGGGCAGAAAGCAACACUUAUCCGGAUGUUACAAGAGGGAGAAGCAAGGCGCAUGACACUUUCAGUGGCUGGGAUUGCUGGCUCGGGAAAAUCCACUCUUGUGAGGAGUGUCUAUGAUGAUAAAAGUGUUCUAAGUCGAUAUGACUGUCAUGCUUGGAUUGAUUUGUCUCGUUCCUUCAAAACUGAUGAAGUUUUAAGGGGAAUGUUGCAGCAGUUUUGUGAGGGGUGGGAGGAGAAGCUCUUUCCUCCUGGGAUGACUGUUCAAGAAAAACUGAAACGCCAUUUAGAGCAGAGAAGAUAUCUCCUCGUUUUAGAUGAUCUGCGGAGUAAAGAGGAUUGGGUUAGCAUUGUGAAUGAUCUGCCCUCUGGUGACAAACGCAGUAGAAUAAUCGUCACCACAACAAACUCUAAUCUGGCCUCUUUUUGUGUGCAGUCGUCAGAGCUUCAUGUUCUCAAAAUAGGAGCUCUAUCAUCGCCAGACGCUUGGUACCUAUUCUGUAAGAAGGCUUUCCGCAGUGAUGGAAAGUGUCCGGAGGAGUUGGUGGAGUAUUAUCAAAGUAUUCUGACAAAAUGUGAAGGUUUACCAUUUGCAAUUGUGGCAGUCGGUAGCCUUCUAUCAACCAGGGAAAAAAAGGGUGAUGAAUUCCAGAAAUUGCUCAAUAGCCUUGGGUCAGAUCUUUCAAAGUUUGGAAAAGUAUUGCUGCCAAGUUACAAGGAUCUGUCAGGCACAAGCAAUCUAAAGAGUUGUUUUAUGUAUUUUAGUAUCUUUCCGGAGGAUUAUUCAAUUAAGCGUGGAAGGCUGAUUCGCUUGUGGAUAGCUGAAGGAUUUAUCAAGGCAAAAAGAGACAAAACUAAGGAGAUGGUUGCAGAAGAUUACCUCAACGAGCUUAUAGGAAGGAAUUUGAUUCAUGUAAGCUCAAGGGAUUUCGCUGGACGUGUGAGCACUUGUCGAGUGCUCAACCUGGUUCGAGAAUUCCUCAUUGAGAAAUCCGAGGAGGAAAAUUUUGUCAAAAUCCUUGCUGAAUCAAGCACAGGGUCAAGUGAUGAGGAAGUUCAAGAUGACGAAGUUCAAGUUCGUCGCCUCUCUAUUCAAUCUCGUUGUCCUCAGAACGAAGAUUUGGUUUCGAGUCACGUUCGAGCUUUGUUCAUGUUUCAAUGGUAUGAUUCGUUAAGCUCCAAGAUUAGAAAAUUACUUGAUCGGUUUAAAUUGUUGAAGGUCUUAGAUUUAGAGGGUGCACCAUUGGAAACUUUUCCUAAAGAAAUUGUUAAGCUCACCCUUCUAAAGUACCUGUCUUUGAGGGAAACAAAAAUAAAGACAGUUCCUAAGUCUAUAAAGAAGCUAGCAUACCUUGAAACCUUAAACCUCAAACAGACUUUUGUGACUGAGUUGCCAUCGGAGAUACUUUCUCUCCAGUUUUUGCGCCAUCUGCUAGUUUAUCGUUACAAUGUAAAGAAUUAUGUAACCUUGGAGUCUGUACAAGGAGUGAAGGUUCCUGCAGGAAUUGGGACUUUGGGUAAGCUUCAGAAAUUGGCACUUUUAAGGGCAAACAGUGAAGUAAUAGAAGAGUUGGGAGCUUUAAUCCGUCUGAGGAAGCUGGGGCUUCUUGAUCUCAAGAAAGGGGAUGGACAGAAACUGUGUGCUUCCAUCAUGAAGAUGGAAAACCUUUUGACUCUUGAUGUAAGCUCAACUGGCCUGGAAGAGUACCUAGAUCUGGAUUAUAUGGUUAAUCACCCUCGCUUUCUUCAACGUCUUUACUUAAAAGGACGCCUGGAGAAGUUACCAGGGUGGAUUUCCUCAUCCUCUCUUGACAGCCUAGUUAGGAUUUAUCUGAAGUGGUCAAAACUGAACACAGACAACAACCCACUCUGGGCGCUUCAAGCUUUGCCAAACCUUCUAGAGCUUCAGAUGGUUGAUUCAUACAUGGGAAAAUCCUUGGAGUUCAUGCCUAAUUCGUUCCAGAAGCUAAAAAUUUUGCAUCUUGAACAAUUUGCUAGCCUAAACAUGGUGGUAGUAGAGACAAACGCAAUGCCUAAACUCGAAAAGCUAACACUAUGCAAGUGUGAGAAGUUAAAGAUACUUCCAUCAGGUAUCUCCAAGCUUACUCACCUCGAAGAGCUGUUUCUGUUUGAUAUGAACGAGAGCUUCCUUAACAGGCUUAAGAAGGACUGCGAAGACCGAUCGAUGGUUGAUCACAUUAAGAUAAUCCACUCUUACAGGCUUGGGAGCAACGGACUAUGGUCAUACCAGAAUCUUUCCUGAUUCUGUUUGCAUUAGGGAUCAUUUUUCUCCAUGGUGAAUCAAUCAAGAAUAAAAGCAUUUCAAAAUAAAGUUGGUGAGGAAGCUGUUGAUGCUGAGACAAGCAGAGAAGAUUAUGACUUCAUCAACGUUGUCAUGUCUUUUUGUGUCAUGUGUUGUUUUAUCAAUGUGCAAGUUUUAUUGAUAGUGCCAGAGCAUGCAAAGACUUAAUUUCUGCCAUCUGCUUGUAGGUAGGUAGUGUAAGGCAGAGUUUAAGUGAUGUUUCUGUAAGAAUUAAGCUUUAGUUUUUCUUGUAUUUUCAAGUUGAAUUGCAUUGUAUCAAGCUUCUUUCUUCCCUAAUGAAGUUCAGUU